CAGAAGUUCGGUCUGUACAUGGCCAAAGCUUUGAUCCUUGCUUCAACCCAGAGGAUUUCACGAUCUGUCACUCUUCGCUUCAUCGGACGAACUCCGACAGUCAGUCAGCCUAUCUCGUGACGGCCUUUUCCGUCGAGAUAGCAUCUUCGACCUCCUUCCUUUUCUUUCCCCCCCCCUUUUUUUUUCUAGAGCCAGUCAGUAGCCUGCCAGGGCUGUUAGGCUCUAGCGGCGCAGAUGUAUGUCCGCGACGCUGGCGGAUCCGUAUCGAGAGUAUGCUAUUGAUUAUUCUCAACAUGCCACCUGCAAACCUGAGGAACACACAGGCACGCUUGUUUACCACGCACAGCAGCCGCAUCUCCAGCAUCACAAGCAGCCCGAGCCUCCAUUCUCUCAGGGGGCCUCUCAUAGCACGACGGCAUUUGAGCAACAUCAUGCGAACGCGACCGUGUUGUCAACAGCCACUCCGCAACAAACAGUCCAUGAUAUCUCGCAAAGCGUUGUCCUUGGCCCGCCCCAAAUGCUCCCACGACACCUUCCAGUGCAGUAUCCACCUGCCAGCUUCGAAAUCCCGCCUAUUCAGCGCGAGAAGAAACGCCCUCAUUCGGAGACCGAAGAGGAUGGGAACCCCGACCAUGGCCUGCGGCCACAGCUAUCAGUCCUCUCAGCCGAUGCCCCUCACGAACCCUCGCAUUCUCCCGAGAUGCUCUUCGGUGUCCAUGGCACAUCAUCUCAGCAGCAUCCCAUGUCAAACCAUGGAUUCGGACCCACGGACUCUGUGGCCCUGCCGCAACAUCACCAUCACCAUCGACUCCCGCCCCAUGCAGCGCUGCGCGCCCCGGGGCGUCAUGGAGUGAAUAUGGAAUCGCCUCCUUUGCCCUCGGGUCCGCCGAGUGUGGUGGGCCAGCCUGGAAUGCCGGAUCCGGCUCCCAGGCCCCGAGGUCCAAAACUGAAGUUUACUCCCGAAGAAGACGCUCUACUGGUGGAGCUGAAGGAAAACAAAAACUUGACAUGGAAGCAAAUUGCAGACUUCUUCCCGGGCCGAACGAGCGGCACCUUGCAAGUCCGAUACUGCACCAAGCUGAAGGCCAAGGAUGUGGCUUGGAGUGACGAAAUGGUACAAAGGCUGCAACGGGCAAUGCACGAAUACGAGAACGAUCGGUGGCGUAUCAUUGCAGGAAAGGUUGGAAAUGGCUUCACCCCAGCUGCUUGUCGCGAGAAGGCUAUGCAACUCCAGUAAAGGCUUGGGGAAUUUCUCAUUUAUAUCUACUGUCGCCAGAUUCGACCUUACUUGGACCCUCUGAUCUCCCUACUCUCCAUAUUGGUUCAAAUGUCGGGUUUCCGAUAGGGCUGGUGGUGCAGGCCUGUUGUAGGCACGGGAGGAUGAUCAGCAUAACUCUGAUAUACUAUAGG